CCGGACCGGAAGUGACGCUCAGCCCCGCCCUCUCGGUCGCGGCGGUCGCAGCGUUCGGGGGAGCAGCUGCCGCGCCAGCCCAGCAUGGCGGAGAACGACGUGGACAACGAGCUGCUGGACUACGAGGAUGACGAGGUGGAGAACGCGGCCGGGCCCGACGGCGCCGAGGCGGCGCCCAAGAAGGACGUGAAGGGCUCCUACGUGUCCAUCCACAGCUCGGGCUUCCGGGACUUCCUGCUCAAACCCGAGCUGCUGCGCGCCAUCGUGGACUGCGGCUUCGAGCACCCCUCCGAAGUGCAGCACGAGUGCAUCCCGCAGGCCAUCCUGGGCAUGGACGUGCUGUGCCAGGCCAAGUCGGGCAUGGGCAAAACGGCCGUGUUUGUGCUGGCCACGCUGCAGCAGCUGGAGCCCGUCACGGGGCAGGUGUCGGUGCUGGUGAUGUGCCACACCCAUGAGGGAUCUGAGGAUAUUGAGGAGGGGUCUCAGAGAUUGGGGGGGUCUCGGGG